AUGGAGGGAGGCAGCAGAAGGGCGAUGGCGGCGUUGGUGCUCGUGGUUUUGCUGCUGCUGGCGGCGUCCGAGGACGCUUGUGCAAAGAGCCAGUUCGACAUAUGUUACGAUAACUGCUUGAAAGACUGUGCACCCAAUAUAAGCGCAUCGGUCUGUGAGGUUCUCUGUCUGGACAAGUGCAGGCCACAUCAAACAGAAUCACACCCUAUUCAAGCUCCGGGCUACUACCAAUGGACCAACUACGUACUUCGUCAUUAG